UAUUCUUUACCCACCCGAGUGCUGUCUUGUUGGAGUUAUUUUAGUCGUUGCCUCUUGUGUUUGCUCUAGGGUUUUAGAUUCCGUGCUUUCUUUCUUUCUCUACUCUCUACUAGCCAUGAGUCGUCAUCCCGAGGUGAAAUGGGCUCAAAGAGCUGACAAGGUUUUUAUAACGGUGCUAUUACCUGAUUCGAAGAAUGCAAAGGUCAAUCUUGAGCCAGAGGGAGUGUUUACUUUCUCUGCUACUGCUGGAACCGACAAUAACCUGUAUGAGUUGAGGUUGGAUCUUCAUGAUAAGGUCAAUGUAGAGGAAAGCAAAAUAAAUAUAGGAGUCCGGAGCAUAUUCUGCAUUUUGGGAAAGGCUGAGAAAGUGUGGUGGAAGAAAUUAUUGCGUGGGGAUGGCAGGACCCCCCAUUAUGUCAAAGUGGACUGGGACAAAUGGGUGGAUGAAGAUGAAGACAAUGGUGGUCUUGGUGAUCUUGACUUAGGAGGCAUGGACUUCUCGAACUUUGGAAAUAUGGGAAUGGGUGGCAUGGAUGAUGGUGGCAUGGGUGACUUUGACGACAGUGAUGAUGAAGAGCAAGAAGUGACAAACCCAACAGAGCAAGACACUAACAAGGCUGAAGGAGAUGCAAAGCUGGAGGACCAAGGUGCUGGAACUUCAGAGAAGAAGGAAGCUGCACCAAGCACAUGAUAUCAUGUUAGCGGAUGAUAUCAAAUUCGGUUAAUCUAUGGUUGUGCACGUUAUAUAUUAUUUUUGGGUAUCUUUGAUGGGAUCAAAGCGUGAUGUUUUUUUCUAACUGCAUGAGAUUAAAAAUUGCAGAGUCUGGCAAGAUAUAUGUUUCUGUCUAAUGGACAGGCAAUUUAGGUCUCUUUGACUUGAAUUUGGAUGCUGUACCUGUACCGUUGAAUCAUUUGUUUGAUGAUGAUCAUUUAGAAAUGAGAUAUCUUGAGUUCA